AGGAUGUCAUAUUUUCCUCACAGGAUGAUUCUCAUCAUAUACUCUCCGCUCCCUGUCCAUGAAGAAACAACAUCUGAGAUGUCGUUCACGAUCUCACAUGCUCUUCACAGCAUUCAGUACAACCGAACCCUCUUGAAGACCUCCGUCUUAACCAAUAGUCGGAUGUACUCCGAACACCUCUUCACUAUACCCGACAUGCAGGUGACCAUGAAACCCACAACCACGACAGCCGCUGAGACGCAACUUCUCUGGAUGGCCGAAUCUGGAUUCACUCAGUCUCGGGUUGCCAUCAUGACGAAAAUGGAGGAUACUCUUCUAUCGCACGAAGAGCUCCUCCUCAUUCUUAUGAUCUUGGUCAAAGAAAGGAAGAAAUAUGCCUCCCCCGCAGCAAACUCCGUUACUUGGAAUCAGACACGUGAAGAGGGAUCGGUGCGGACUUACAGUGAGUUCGCACCUGAACGCACUUCCGACAAGUUAUUUGGGCCAGUAAUAGCAAUGGGGCAUGAGUGGAUUGAUAUUGAGUCUGUCGAUUAUUUUGUGUGGGUGAAGUCUGGGGAUCAGCGGAUUGACUUGGCUGCUCCUCCCACGGCGCACGGCACACUUUUUCCGAAUAUUGACAUGGACAAUGUGACUGACGCAUUGAACCAUGGCUUGGAUCUCGUGAAAGCCACGAUGAGCAGCACCCUUGACUUAAUCGAACCCAGCGUAAAUCAUAGGCAUCUCCUCACUCCCAGCGCACUUACAUUCAAUUGGGAGCUUGACAGUUCCUCCAUGUCAGUUGCCGUUUAUGAAACUGCCCACGCCCGCUACUGCGAUUGGUACCGUCGCCAAUUCUCUGGUACGAAACGUCGUCGUGUGGACAAU